AUGUCACGGCUCAUCGUCAAGAACCUGCCAACGUAUGUAACCCCCGCGCAACUCAGGAAACAUUUUGAGCAAAAGGGUGCCCCAGGAGGAAUCAUCACCGAUGUCAAAGUCUCGUCCAAGUCGGAUGGCACGUCAAGGCGAUUCGGCUUUGUUGGCUUCAAAUCAGAUCUGGAAGCUGAGGCUGCGAAGACCUACUUUGAUCGCACAUUCAUUGAUUCUACGAGGAUCAAUGUCAUGGUUGUGGACGUGACGAAAGAUGCACCUAGGCCUAGACCAAAUAAACGUCCUCGUUUGGACCCGUCCCCCGACGAUGAUACCCCUAGUAAGCACAUCAAAGUGAGGGAGCACGCCGAUUCUGCUACGGACGACAAACUCGAAGAAUUUCUGGAUGUGAUGCGACCUCGGACGGCGAAAGGGCCUCUUUGGGCCAAUGACGAGGGUAAACCCAGACCAGGUGGACCGAUUGCCAGCGUGGAGCCCCCGUUACCUGAACCAAUAGCUCAAUCUCCUCCGAGAGAGGGCGAGGCCGGGAAAGAUGAACCUUUGUCUGACUUAGAGUGGAUGCGGCGGCGUAUGUCGUCUAAAGUGGAUGUCGCGCAUAGGGCCUUCGAGCAGGAUGAUGAAGUUACAGAGAAAUCAUUGAACGAGCCAACGCCAGCUAUACAGGUACCACCUUCGCCGGCUUCUCCCCAUGACGUCGCACGGGAUACAAUACUACAAACAGGAAGACUCUUCGUUCGCAAUCUGACAUUUUCGUGCACGCAGGAAGAAGUCGAAACGCUAUUUAAACCGUAUGGUGACAUUGCUCAGGUACAUAUCCCGCUGGAUUCUCUCACCAAGCAGUCGAAAGGACUGGCCUACGUCACCUUCCGACAAAGCAGCUGUGCGUUAGCUGCCUUUGAAGCUCUCGAUCGGAAGUCCUUCCAAGGACGGCUGCUGCACAUUCUCCCGGCUGUCGACAGGAAGGGGAACAUUCAGAUAGAGGAAGGGAGUGGUAGGAAGAAGACGGUGAAAGACGAGCGCAACCAGAGCCGCAAGUCAGCGGCGGGAAAAGAGUUUAAUUGGAGUAUGCUGUACAUGAAUAGUGAUGCGGUGGCCUCGUCCGUCGCCUCGCGUAUGAAUAUAUCUAAGUCGGAGAUCCUGAACCCCGAGUCCGAUAACGCUGCUGUCAAGCUUGCCUUAGCAGAGACCCAUAUCAUCAGCGAAACGAAGACAUACCUCGAGUCCCAGGGUGUCAUCCUCGAAUCUUUUGCGGCACGCGCUCGUUCCGACACCACGAUAUUGGUCAAGAAUAUUCCUUUCGGUACGACGGUCGAACAAAUUAGAGAAAUGUUUGAGCAGCAUGGGUCGCUGGCGAGGGUGUUGGUCCCUCCUGCAGGAACGAUGGCUGUGGUGGACUUUGAGCAUCCAGACGAAGCUCAGAAGGCUUUCAAAGCGAUUGCGUAUCGGCGACUGGGGAAUAGUAUAAUAUACCUUGAGAAAGGUCCACAAGGGAUGUUCCUCCCCACGUCGGAAAUCAAAGCAUCCGACGGUGGCCAUCCUCCAACAUCCGCCGCCAUCCGCAUCAUAGAGCAGGAACAAGAAGCCCCGCAGGAAGACGCGCCGUCUCUUGCCGCUGGCACUACCCUCUUUGUCAAAAAUCUCGCGUUCUCCACUACGAGCGAACGUCUCACGCAAGUCUUCCGCCACCUUCCUUCGUUCUCCUUUGCUCGCGUCCAGACGAAGCCUGAUCCUAAGAAACCAGGGAAGGACGCGCCGAGAUUGAGCAUGGGAUAUGGGUUUGUUGGGUUCAAGGAUGUCGAAGGGGCGCAGAAGGCGUUGAAGAGUAUGCAGGAUUACGUCUUGGACGGGCAUGCGCUGCAUGUCAAGUUUGCCGGAAGGGGGCAAGAAGAGGCGGAAGACGCAGUCAAAGGUGGUUCAGUUUCGAAGGGCACUACGACCAAGAUCAUCGUGAAAAACGUACCGUUCGAAGCCACAAAGAAAGAUGUCCGGGCUUUGUUCAGUGCACACGGACAACUGAAAUCUGUGCGGGUGCCCAAACGGUUCGAUGCUCGCAGCCGCGGUUUCGCUUUCUUGGACUUCGUAUCUCGCCACGAGGCCGAGAAUGCUUACAAUGCUCUGAAGCAUACCCAUUUGCUCGGGCGUCAUCUCGUCUUGCAGUGGGCUGAGGAGGGCGAGGAUUUGGAGAUGAUGAGACAGAAGGCUGGUGCUGGCUUUGGAGGGGGCGCAGAGAUGCCAGGGCGGAAGAGAAAAUUGAAUUUGGGAGGGGAUAAAGACGCAAUCGAUGUUGAUGGUCUCGACGAGUAA